AUGGAGGAUAGCUUCUUGUCACAGCUGGUGAGCGAGCCUACCAGGGGUGGGGCCCCACUAGACCUGCUGGUUACAAACACAGAAGGGCUGGUGGGAGAUGUGGUGGUCGGAGGCUGUCUGGGGUACAGUGAUCACGAAAUGAUGGAGUUCUCAAUGCUUCGUGAAGCAAAGAGGGGUAUCAGCAAAACCUCUACCCUGGACUUUCGGAGGGCAGACUUCAGCCUAUUCAGGAUGCUGAUUGGGAGAGUACUUUGGGAAACAGCCCUUAAAAACAAAGGGAUCCAGGAAGGAUGGACAUAUUUCAAGAAGGAAAUCUUGAAGGUGCAGGAACAGGAUGUCUCUAUGUGCCAAAAGCCAUUAUGUAAUAUCCUGUUAACUUCUAAUUGCAGCCAGUCGGAUAAUGAUUCUGGGUCAGCAUCAGCUUCUGGGUCCGGUUCAAGUUCUGGAAGCAGUAGUGAUGGAAGUAGCAGUCAAUCAGGUAGCAGUGACUCUGAAUCUGGUUCAGAGUCUGACACAUCUAAAGAGAAGAAACAAGUUCAAGCUAAACCACCACCAAAAGUUGAUGGAUCUGAGUUUUGGAAGUCCAGUCCAAGUAUCCUUGCUGUGCAGAGAUCAACAGUGCUCAAGAAGCAACAACAGCAGAAGGCAGCCUCAUCAGACAGUGGUUCAGAAGAGGAUUCAUCAAACAGUGAAGACUCUGCAGAUGACUCUUUCAGAGAAGCCAAGAAGAAAAAACAUAGAGAUGAAGACUGGCAAAUGUCUGGGUCAGGGUCAGUGUCAGGAACUAGUUCUGAUUCUGAAUCAGAUGAAGAUAGAGAGAAAAGCAGUUAUGAAGAUAGUGAAUCUGACUAUGAGCCAGAAAACAAGGUCAAAAGCCAGAAACCUCCAAGCAGAAUUGAGCCAAAAAGCAGCAAAAAAAUUGCAGGACAGAAAAAGAGGCAGCUUGAUUCCUCAGAGGAUGAUGACUACGACAAGAGAGUAUCUCGUCGCCAGGCAACAGUCAAUGUUAGUUACAAAGAAACUGAAGAAACCAAGACAGAUUCUGAUGAGUUGUUGGAAGUUUGUGGAGAAGAUGUCCCACAGACUGAAGAAGAUGAAUUUGAAACUAUAGAGAAGUUUAUGAAUAGUCGAAUUGGCCGAAAAGGAGCUCAUUCAAAUCAGAAAUCAGCAGCUGGUUAUCCAGAUUACUAUUGCAAAUGGCAAGGUCUGCCUUACUCAGAAUGUAGCUGGGAAGACGGUGCUCUCAUUGCCAAAAAAUUUCAGGCAUGUAUUGAUGAGUAUUUUAGCAGAAACCAGUCCAAGACCACUCCAUUUAAGGACUUCAAGAUUUUAAAACAGAGACCGAGGUUUGUUGCGCUAAAGAAGCAACCAUCUUAUAUUGGAGGACAUGAAGGUUUAGAGUUAAGAGAUUAUCAGUUAAAUGGACUGAACUGGCUUGCUCACUCGUGGUGCAAAGGAAAUAGUUGUAUUCUUGCAGAUGAAAUGGGUCUGGGUAAAACAAUACAAACAAUUUCUUUUCUGAACUACCUGUUUCACGAACAUCAACUGUAUGGGCCUUUCUUGCUAGUCGUGCCACUUUCUACCUUGACAUCUUGGCAAAGAGAAAUUCAAACUUGGGCUCCUCAGAUGAAUGCUGUGGUUUACUUAGGAGAUAUAACUAGCAGAAAUACGAUAAGAACUCAUGAAUGGAUGCAUCCACAGACCAAGCGAUUAAAAUUUAAUAUACUUCUAACAACUUAUGAAAUUUUGCUGAAGGAUAAGUCAUUCCUUGGUGGUCUGAAUUGGAUAUUUAUAGGAGUUGAUGAAGCUCAUCGUUUAAAAAAUGAUGAUUCCCUUCUGUACAAGACUUUAAUAGACUUUAAGUCUAAUCAUCGUCUUCUUAUUACCGGAACCCCUCUGCAAAACUCCCUUAAAGAACUUUGGUCUUUGCUGCACUUCAUCAUGCCAGAAAAGUUUUCUUCCUGGGAAGUUUUUGAAGAGGAGCACGGCAAAGGGAGAGAGUUUGGUUAUGCAAGUCUUCACAAAGAACUUGAACCAUUUUUACUCAGAAGAGUUAAAAAAGAUGUAGAAAAGUCUUUACCUGCUAAGGUUGAACAAAUUUUGAGGAUGGAAAUGAGUGCAUUGCAGAAACAAUAUUACAAGUGGAUUUUAACCAGGAAUUAUAAAGCCCUGAGUAAAGGUUCAAAAGGUAGUACCUCAGGCUUUUUGAACAUUAUGAUGGAACUCAAGAAGUGUUGUAACCAUUGCUACCUCAUUAAACCACCGGAUGAUAAUGAAUUCUAUAAUAGACAGGAGGCCUUACAGCAUUUAAUACGUAGCAGUGGGAAACUAAUCCUUCUUGACAAGCUACUAAUUCGCCUACGAGAACGUGGCAACAGAGUACUGAUUUUCUCUCAGAUGGUGAGGAUGCUAGACAUCCUAGCAGAGUAUUUGAAGUAUCGUCAGUUUCCCUUUCAGAGACUUGAUGGAUCAAUAAAAGGGGAAUUGAGGAAACAAGCAUUGGAUCAUUUUAAUGCAGAAGGCUCAGAGGACUUCUGCUUUUUGCUGUCUACCAGAGCUGGAGGAUUAGGUAUAAACUUGGCAUCUGCUGACACUGUAGUUAUAUUUGAUUCUGAUUGGAAUCCACAGAAUGAUCUGCAGGCACAGGCUAGAGCUCAUAGGAUUGGACAGAAGAAACAGGUUAAUAUUUAUCGGCUAGUCACAAAAGGAUCAGUAGAAGAAGAUAUUCUUGAAAGAGCCAAGAAAAAGAUGGUGUUAGAUCACUUAGUAAUUCAGAGAAUGGAUACUACAGGGAAAACCAUACUACAUACAGGUUCUACUCCCUCCAGCUCAACACCUUUUAAUAAGGAAGAGUUGUCAGCAAUUUUGAAGUUCGGUGCUGAGGAACUUUUUAAAGAACCUGAAGGGGAAGAAGAGGAGCCUCAGGAAAUGGAUAUAGAUGAAAUCCUGAAGAGGGCUGAAACUCGAGAAAAUGAACCAGGCCCGCUGACUGUAGGAGAUGAGUUGCUUUCACAGUUCAAGGUGGCUAAUUUUUCCAAUAUGGAUGAAGAUGACAUUGAGUUGGAACCAGAACAAAAUUUAAGAAACUGGGAAGAAAUCAUUCCAGAAGUCCAGCGUCGACGAAUAGAAGAGGAGGAAAGACAAAAAGAGCUUGAAGAAAUAUAUAUGCUCCCAAGGAUGAGAAACUGUGCAAAACAGAUCAGCUUUAAUGGAAGUGAAGGGAAACGCAGUAGGAGGAGAAGAUAUUCUGGAUCUGAUAGUGACUCAGUCUCAGAAAGAAAACGACCAAAAAAACGUGGAAGACCUCGAACUAUUCCUCGAGAAAAUAUUAAAGGAUUUAGUGAUGCAGAGAUUAGGCGAUUUAUCAAGAGUUACAAGAAAUUUGGUGGUCCACUUGAAAGGUUAGAUGCUAUAGCUAGAGAUGCUGAGCUAGUUGAUAAAUCUGAGAUGGACCUUAGACGUCUGGGAGAACUUGUACAUAAUGGAUGCAUUAAGUCUUUAAAGGACAAUUCCUUCGGACAAAGAGCAGGAGGUAGAUUUGGGAAAGUUAAAGGCCCAACAUUUCGAAUAUCAGGAGUGCAGGUGAAUGCAAAGCUAGUCAUUUCUCAUGAAGAAGAGUUGGCACCAUUGCACAAAUCCAUUCCUGCAGAUCCAGAAGAAAGGAAAAGAUAUGUCAUCCCAUGCCACACCAAGGCAGCUCAUUUUGAUAUAGAUUGGGGUAAGGAAGAUGAUUCCAAUCUGUUAAUAGGUAUCUAUGAAUAUGGCUAUGGCAGCUGGGAAAUGAUAAAAAUGGAUCCUGAUCUCAGUUUGACACAGAAGAUUUUACCUGAUGAUCCAGAUAAGAAACCCCAGGCCAAGCAGUUGCAGACUCGUGCAGAUUACCUUAUUAAAUUACUGAAUAAAGACCUUGCAAGAAAAGAAGUGCAAAGACUUACUGGUGCAGGCAAUUCAAAGAGGAAGAAAACAAGAAGUAAGAAUAGAGCAUCAAAGGCUGCAAAAAUUAAAGAAGAAACAAAAAGUGACUCCUCAUCACUACCCUCAGAAAACUCUGAUGAAGAUGAUGAGCAUAAUGAGAAUAAGAUUGUUUCAGUGAAACGUCCACAUAAAAAAAUAAAAGCAAAAGAAGAAAAUGAAGAAAAGCCUGAGCCAGAUAUUGGUAUAAAGAAGGAAGCUGAAGAAAAAAGAGAGACAAGAGAAAAAGAAAACAAGAGGAAUCUGAAAAAGGAGAAAAAAGAAAAAGAGGAUAAGAAAGAAUUAAAAAAUAUUAAAGAAAAGAGAGAAAACAAAGUAAAAGAAUCCAUGCAGAAAGAAAAAGAAGUAAAGGAAGAAAAGGUAAAUGAAAUCAAAUCUGAAAAUAAAGAAAAAAAUAAAAAAGUUUCAUUGUUGGAUAUUCCAGUUCAUAUUACUGCAACUAGUGAACCAGUUCCAAUAUCAGAUGAAUCUGAAGAACUGGAUCAGAAGACAUUCAGUGUGUGCAAAGAAAGAAUGAGGCCUGUCAAAGCAGCAUUGAAACAAUUGGAUAGACCAGAGAAAGGUCUUUCUGAAAGGGAACAGCUGGAGCAUACUAGACAGUGCCUAAUCAAAAUUGGGGACCACAUUACUGAAUGUCUAAAGGAGUACACAAAUCCUGAACAAAUUAAACAGUGGAGAAAAAACUUGUGGAUUUUUGUCUCUAAGUUUACAGAAUUUGAUGCCAGAAAGCUGCACAAACUGUAUAAACAUGCAAUCAAAAAACGUCAAGAAUCUCAGCACAAUGACCAGAAUAUUAGCAACAAUGUGAAUACACAUGUAAUUAGAAAUCCAGAUGUUGAAAGACUGAAGGAGAAUACAAACCAUGAUGACAGUAGCAGGGACAGUUCUUCUGAUAGAUAUUUGUCACAGUACCAUGAUCAUCAUAAGGACAGGUAUCAGGGAGAUGCUUAUAAGAAAAGCGACUCAAGGAAAAGGUCCUAUUCAGGCUUCAGCAAUGGAAAAGACCACAGAGACUGGGAUCACUAUAAACAAGACAGCAGAUACUAUAGUGAUAGUAAACAUAGAAAGCUGGAUGACCACAGGAGCAGAGAUCACAGGUCAAAUCUGGAAGGAAGUUUAAAAGACAGUCGGCCUCAUUCAGAUCACCGUUCCCAUUCAGACCACAGGAUACAUUCAGAUCACCGUUUCACUUCAGAGUACAGCCAUCAUAAAUCUUCCAGAGAUUAUAGGUACCACUCAGACUGGCAAAUGGACCACAGAGCUUCUGGUAGUGGCCCAAGGUCACCAUUAGAUCAGAGGUCUCCUUAUGGUUCAAGAUCUCCUAUAGGACACAGAUCUCCAUUUGAACACUCAUCAGAUCACAAAAGUACACCUGAACACACAUGGAGUAGCUGGAAAACAUAACAAAGACUGACAUUUUCUGGACCUUCUUUUAGCCAUAUACAGUAAAC